UCAAUUUUUGACUGUAGCUUUGUGAGCGUUUCUGGUUUUAUCUUUCAUGAAGCAGAUUUUCGCAUAAUUUUAUUUAUUUAAUGGUGUAAUACAUAAUGAAAACUUGAAAUAACAUUAAAUUAAUCUGUCAUUCAUGCAGUUUCAGUGUUUCUUGAUGUAUAACUCUACAGGACCUUAUAGUUACAACGUGUAAUAGAAACUUACAAAAUGGCUAGUGAAGAUGUGAUCGAAUUGGGUUCUUCUGAUGAUGAGGCUGAGCCUGUAACUAAAAAGAUAAGGCCAAUGCCAAACGCUAUGGUACAUAUCCCAAGAAAAAUACAUGGAGUGACCAUAAAACCGGCGAAAAAGAGUGUUCCUUGUGUCCCAAAAGAAUUGGCUGGUAAAAAUGUAACUGUGACCAAAAUAGCUAAAGUAAAUGUUAUACCAAACCCCUAUGCAUUAAAACAUAAAGUAAAUGGUAAGCCAAACCAACUAAAACAUGUGGCUACAGUGGUAUCAAAAAAACCAGUCGCACAAACUGUCCAGAAUAAACCCAUAAAUCCACUCAGUUUAAUGAAAAAUAUAAAUUCACAAGUUGUAGUCAAUAAAAUACCUGCUCCUACAAUUCAAAGAAGUCAAGUAUUGAAAAAUCCGAUACGUAUUCAAAGUCCACGAUCUAUCAACAAUUUGCCACCUAGUAUCACUGUUACUAGAACUACAGGAGUGCCCAAACGGACAGCGCCUUCCUCUGUAACAAGUGCUGGACGAAAGAAGCAGAAGCUAAAUAAACCGAAAACAACACAACAAGAGGUUUUGACUGUAGAAUUGGACGAUGAUGAUGUGUCUGCAACAUCUAGUCCGCAAUGGUAUCUGAGACCAGAAGAACAAACAAGUAUUUUAGAACAGGAAAAUAAUAAAGAGCCAGAGCCAAAGGCAGCUUCUUCCAACCUUGUAGAAAUAACUAUUGAAGAUAGUCCUGUAAAGCCCCCUCACAUUAUGAGGACUCAUCAAAUUGGGGCUGAACUCCCAGUGACAAUUGAUGAUAGUCCGGUCAAAGUUGUGGUGGAGAAAAAUACUGCUAGCGGUAGUGAUAAUGAGGUUACAGUUCAGAAUAAAGUGCCACAUAGUAAAAAGAAGUUAGAGUACCCUAAAGAAUCACAAUCGGCUAAUGAACCAAUUGAAAUAGAAAUUCCUGGAGUGUCAGUAAUAGAACCAACUAAAGAAUCUGAAUCAAGCAGCAAACCAGAUAAACCUUCUGCUAAUGUGAAUAAACCUAUUGUUGAGAAUAUUAUUAUUGAAAUUGAGGAAUCACCACUGAAGGUGGACCAUGGUCAAGCCACAAGUACUCCAAAGAAAAAUCAUAAAAAACCACAGUUGGAAGUACCUGAAUCCCUAAAACAACUUAAAGAUGAUGAACAUGAACAAGUUGAUGAGUUAAGUGAAUUUCAUCCUGUAUAUCGAAGCUUUAUUAAACUUUGUUUCCAAUUAGAGAAUUCAGAAGACAUGAAAAAGAUAGUUGAGAAGAAAAUCAAGACAUAUUACAGACAGGUUCCAAAAGAAUACACAGAAUCUGAAGAGUUUACGGAUAUGGUGGCUGGAAAAAUAUUGUCAAUGAAGGCUAGCCCUGAAAAGAUGUAUUUGUACAUAAAAGACAUUGUUGAUGAAUUGAAUUUGCAACGAAAGAUGGCAAAAUCACAAGUGUUGGCUACUAUCACUGAAAAGAAAGCAGAAACAGAAAAGUUUUUGUAUGGUGAAGAAAGCGAAUACGAUUUAAAACGUCAGAGACAAAUUCGCAAACUUGAGAAAACCCUAAAGAAGCUGCACAGAGCUAUACAGAAACUUGAGGAGCAGGAGGUUGAUUUCGAUGACGAUGAAGAUUCUGUUUAUUUACUUACUGAAAGUGAUGAUGGCAGUUCUUCAAAUAAGGAUAGUGAUAAGCAACUUGAGAAAGAUCCUAAAGCUCUAUUGAAAAGGUAUAAAGAGAGAAUGGUGCGUGUACACGCAAAAUUCUGUCAGCUUACCAAUACGAAGAUGCCUUCGGAGCCACGAGUGCAAAUUGACGCAAGGCCUGGCCAGCCGUCUGGGCCAGCCAAGCGACUUGAGAAGUGGAUUAACAAAAAAGUGCCAAUCGGGACUCCAUUACCUUUCCCAGACUUUCACGAUGUGCUACGAUGCGUGAGGGAAGCCAAUAGCGAAGACAAGUUAGGAUGGAACGAAGCUGACAUUAUGGAAGAAGCACGAGACUUGUUCACGAGAUGCGGAAAGAAAUUACAAAGACGAAGACAGGAGAAUGAAUGGAGGCUAGCUGCAUCCAGAAUAUCGGUUGAUAUUGAUCCAGCCGAGGAAAGUACUGACUUGAAGAAAAAAUUGGAGGAUAACAGAAAAGUUGCUGCCAAGAAAGAGACUGAAGUUUUUAAUAAGUAUGCUGAUAGACAGAGCCAGCUCAAGUUGGAGGCUGAAGAAAUUGGAGAUAAGGAAGCUGAAGAAUCACCUGUAGAUGACGAUGAUGAAGAUGAGCCUAAAGAAGAAUCUUUAGAAAACACAGAAAAAAGGAAAGAAAGACUAAAAAGACUUUUGCAAGAGAAAUCUAAAAAAGGUGUGUCCGAAUCCGAGAAACUUGUAAUUGAUGGCACAGAUAGUCAAUCAGGAAAUGAACAUGCUAUGGACCAGAAGUCGGACAAGGCUUCUCAUGAAACAAAUGACCAAAGUGGGAAUCAACCCGAGCAAGAAAAAUCUGAAACGCAAAUUCAAACAAGUGACAAAACGAAUAAUAUGGACGUGGAUAUAGAAAUCAUUCCAGAGAAAGCUACGGAUGCAUCAGAAAAUAAAUCAGAUAGCAAAAAAGAAUCUGUAAUUAUUCAGGAAGAAAUUGCUAAUAAAGAACCCGUUUGUCCAGUUAAUAAUACUAAAACUAAAAAUGGUAGUGAAAAUACAGCAACAGAAAAUCAGAGUGCUGAAAAUGAUCUGAUUACAGAUGAUGUUGAUAAAACACAUUUAAUUAGUGAUGACAGUAACAAACUCGAAUCGGACAUAGAUGAACUACAUCUCUUACAAAAACUCCAUACUGAAACUGAAGCUAACACUUCAACACAGGACACAUCAGACUCUGAAUCUCCCAUAGCGAUUUCAGAUACUUUAGAAUCAAGUAGUGAUAAUAAAAAACAUACCGCAAGUGACGUUAUUAGUAUUGAAAACUCUAGCUACUCUGAAUCGGAAGUAAAUCUAGAAUCAAUUGAUUCAAAAGCUGACAAAGAAACAGAUCCCCUUUCUGAUAAAGUAAUUGCAGAAUCUGUAGAUGAACAUACAGAAAUAGAAUGUUCUAAUACUGGGGUCGAAAAGAAACUGGCAAUUACAAAUAAUGAUGAAUAUAAUGAAUCAAUAGAAGAUAUUCUUCUUGCAUCAACUGACGACGAAGAAGAGAACAAUAAAAAUGCUAAAUUGGUAUAUGAAGAAGAAUGUGUAAAUUUAAAAGAUGAUACUAUAUCUAUAGGCGAUACUGUUGUUGUAGGAGUUGAUAAACCACAAAGUAGUCCUACAGAUGACAAUUCAUCUGGGAAACAGGACGAUGCAAGUUCAGUAGAGAGUGUUGCGUUUGUUUCUACAAAAGAAGAUUCACCUGCAGAAAUGAAAGAUGUAGAAAAUACAGACAGCACUUAUAAAGAGAACACAGCACAAGACCAAAAUACUGACGCACCUGCAAAUGAUAUUAUAAAUGCUGAAACCAUUGAACCAAAAGAAAGUUCAUCUGAAGAUACUAUUAAUCCUACUACGGAAAAAUCUGAUGACUCUUCCGACUGUCCAAAAAAGUCGCCCGAAGUAAUAAAUAACGACGAUAAAUCGCCGAAUGCCGAGCAUGAUACUGUUCAAGUACAGAAUGUUGGAAACUCUAAUGAUGGUAGUGAAGAUAAGUUAUAGUCUAAGCAAUUCGGUGGUUUUAGCUUUGUCAGUGUUUCCAAAAUAUUUCUGUCAACUAAAUGCAUUUUGUUUUAGAAAUGGUCAUAAUAAGAUUCAUUUAUUGAUGGAAGUCGUUAGGAUGUGAGCUACCUAAUACAUAAUAUCUCUAAUUAAGUAGCUGAUAAUUUAAUCAUUUUGCAUAUAGAGUGUAACAAAAAUAUUGUACUGUAUGGUAAAUAACAAAAUUCAGGAGCCUCAAAAAUCAACCAUCACAAGAGUAAUGUAUGGGUCUGAAACAGAUUUUUUUUUUACUGGUCUUCCAGUCUUUCUUUUCUUAGUAGUUGAAAAGCCAAAUCAUCAUUGGAUAGAGGCAGACUAAUUGCGCCGCGCGCACGUCUAUUUUAUGUACCUACUAUUGAUCAAACAUUUUCUCGCUCGAAAUUUGAAAUAUUCAACUUUCAGUACAUAAUAAAAAGAAUUCGUACCUACUGUUAUUUUUUUAGUAAUCGUGAAGUGUCGGAAUUGGACCCACUAACGUUAUGGUGAACAGCUAAUUUUCGAGGCAUAGAAAAAUUCAGUGAAAUUCGAUGAAGGAUGGGCAAGGAAAGAUGUUAUCAUUGAUGUGCUUGUGUAAAUAUAAACCAAAGGAAAGUCUGAUAAGAAUGAAGGAUUUUUAUACUAAGUAAAAUUAAUAAUAUUAUAGGUUUUCUGCAUUUAAUUCCUAGUUUUAAAGUUAUAGUGAAAUGUGAUUGCUUGUUAUUAUUUGGUAGUGAGGUUUUAUGUAAUGAAUUCUGUGUAAGUUUAGCGAUAAGACUUAGCAGAUUGCAGGAUACCUAUAAUUUCGUAAACAUCGUGCAGUUUAUCACAACUUUAUAUAACGGAAUAAAUUAAUGAAUAAAUAGUCUUUGAGACGUA